UUGGAGAUCACAUUAUCAAAGGAAUUGUAAAGAAACCAAUUACAGAAUGUUCGGUCAAAUUUUAUCAUAUAAUUCCGAAAAAUUUAAAGGAAUGUACAUUUAUUGUGACUUUAUCAGUUGGAAAACAUAACCAUCCGCCACCACCACCACGAAAAACACCAUAUAAUAUAAAGAGCCAACUCCAAAAGAUUAUUGAUAGUGAGCAUAUUCUUGAUUUAACAGCAAGAAAAUUUUUAACAGGAUCUAUGAUCCAAACUUAUUUAAAUGGAAAGUCAAUAAGUGAUUUGCAUCCGUCACUUAACAACCAAUCCAAAAUCAAUUAUUAUAUCGAAAAAACUAGGCGUUCCAAAUAUCCAUUUGGUCAGAAUAUUCUAGAAGUUGCUUAUGAAUUUAUGAAACACGAAAAAAGUGAAGAUUCAUACAUACGAUCUAUCC